UCGAAGAUACGAUGUAUCUUUCUUGUGCGUCAGAAUCACUGGCUAUUGAAGGCUAUCCACUACAUAGGGUGUGAAUGAGAGAGCGUUCUAAAGAUACUCUGAUAAAUGCCAGGUAGUAAUGUCCUGUCAAAAAAUAAGAACGUUUAGCCAUGCGUUAUGGCAGACAAGUAAGUCAACGUCGCUUUGCAAAGUUUCUGUGGCUUCUUGUGGUAGCGUGGCAUCUAGAGGUCCGACCACCCAACUAGGAAAAUGCUGCGAAAAUGAACAAAGUUGUGGAUCAAAUUUAGGUAUCCAGCCUGCUGGGUCCACAGCCAUCCCAACUUCUCCAUCACCCGCAAAUCACAGACAAGUCGCGGGCAACAAACAGAAGGAGGUGUCGCCUACCUUGUCUGAAAGGGCAUUCACAGGACCCAAGAUUGACUCCAGGACUUACCUUUGGUCAAGAUAUAAUGAAAUGAAACGGCUUGUGCACGGUAAGAUGUUUUUAUGUCAUGUUAAAGUUUGCCUAAAAUAUGUUAGUUUUUUUGCCAACUGAAACUGUAUAAUCACUAACCUAUUUCCCUUUUUGUCAAUACAGUUUUUCCAUCCAUACCAGAUCGAUUGUUGGUUGUCAGAUGACAAAUGUUAGACUGCUGCCAUAUCAACUUGUAUUAUUGCUACAAUCUGGAAACCUUUCAACCUCGUUUGUCAUUUUUAGUAAUGAAGUUCCCCCCUUGAUUAGAAUAAGGUUGACUAAUAAACUAAUAUACCUAGUCUUUUAUAAUAACACCCCCCUCCCAUUCCAAUUAUUAUGUCUGUAAUAAACUUCGAUUUGAUGUUCCAACUGUGAGUGAAAUGUUCAUAACCUAAUGAAAUACAUAUCUUGCCAUUUUUAACUAAAGGCCCCUACUGCCCAAAAUUGUCAGGCCAGACUUCAGUUUACGCACACAAUGCAUUGAAGACGAAUCAUGAAGACUGCUCAUGGUAGAUUAGGUAUUUUGUUUAAAGUCCCCCCUCCUUUUCUGCAGAUCUGAUUCCUCCAGGUGUAUGUAACUUACUGAACCCCUCCACCAUCUAUGCCAACAAUGAGGUUGACUUGGACGAAGUGGACAUCUAUGGCUUUGAUUAUGACUAUACGCUCGCUCUGUACUCCAACACUCUUGAUACAAUGAUCUACAAUACAGCUCGAGAAUUCCUUGUCAAACACUACAAGGUUUGUUUGAUGGAAAUGCGACGCUGUUUGCCUCAAAUCCUCAUACAAAUGUUCAUGAUGCACAUUGUUUGUUUGAUUGAAUUAGUUAAAUUGUUACUUUUAACUCCCCUAACAGUAUCCAGAGGGCAUUUGCAAGUAUGACUAUAUUCCCAACUUCGCUACACGUGGUCUCCACUAUGACAUUCAGAAGGUAAGUGCUUUCAUUGGUGUAUGAAAGCUUAUAGUAUAAACAUUCAACAGGAAAAGUUAGAAAAUAGCUGGAAUAUUUUUAUUUUUUUUACUAGAGUGAAAUGGUAGUUGAGGUAAUACAAUUGUUUUUCAUGCAGGGACUGUUGAUGAAAAUAGAUGCUUUCCAUUACAUCCAGCUGGGGACUGUAUACAGGUGAGAUAAUUGCUGGGUGAAUAUAUGUAAAACGAAAGUUUUUUUCUAACAACAAUGCUAUGUCAUGGAUUAAAUACUGUAGUCAAGAGACCAUAGUGAGAGAGAUGUUAAUUCCCACAGGGGUCUGAAGCCUGUUCCAGAUGAGGAGGUUUUGGAGCUCUAUGGUGGAACUCACCAUGUCCCUCUUCAGGAAGUCAGUGGCUUCUAUGGAAAGGUCCCUACUUCACCACAUUCUUCGACAACACUCGCCUGUAACUUCCUGAACAGAUGAGCUAGAUAAAAAACAAGGAUCGGAGAUUGUGCAUAAACAUAUUUGACCUAUAAGCCUAAAUGUUGAAAAGCAAGCAAAUAGUGCAUAAUAAGCACAUGCAAAAGCGAUGCGCUUUAAAGUCAAAUAGUUCACAAUUGCAAUUAAUUCUAGUUGCAAUGCCAGUAACUAUAAGACACAAGCACAAAGACAGAAAUAAUGGGAUGCAAUGGGUAAGAUAGCCCUUAGACAUAUAGGGAUACCAACUACGAACAUGGUAAGGGCACUAAAACAGAACAUUUAUACAGUUUUACCAAGUCCGUGACCUGCUCUACACCACAUUCUUUAUUUUAAUCACAAAGAAUCCUAUGGAGACUUUAGGCCAGCUACUGUAGAAAUAUGCAUGUUCCCACUCCUUUAUUGCUCUGUUUUCUCAGUGCUUUGGGAGAAGUUGAGUUUAUUUGCCCACUUGAUUAAAUAGCCUACUAACCAAAUGGUUGGUAUUCUCAUAAUGUACUACGGGAAUAAAAAUCUAUAAACUGACUGGUGUGUAUGAAUAUGUAUAACUUGGUUUGGAAUAAGAUGGUAUUUAUGUCGGAUUAUCUGUAAUAAGAUCUGUUAUAGACAAAAUCAUUUGUAAUAAUCAGAUAUGUUUCUUUUUAUUUCUGAUGCUCCGCUUCUAUCCCGUUGGGCUAACGUUAUCUUACAGGGUCCAAUGAUGAAGCAGUUCAUGGAUGUUUUCUCCAUCCCAGAGAUGACUCUCCUGGCAGCUGCCAAUGACUACUUCAACUCCAAUGACAUUGAAUAUGACCCUGGUCAUCUCUACAAAGACGUUUCGGUGAGUGCAUUCAGCAACAAAACAUACCCACAUUCUGACGCACUUGAAUCCAAAGAUAAUACUUUAUUUUAAUUCAGACAUUCAAAGUGGGACCAAUUUUAAAAAUAUGGGCAAAUAGCUGGUUCUGAAAAUAGAAGGCUUUAAACUAAAAAGGCUAACUUAGUGCAUUGCUGCACCCUGACUCCUGAGUAGUUGCACCAAAGUCAAUGUCAGUGAAUUGUCCGUUUGUCUACCAGUGUGCAUGGCAGUUGGGAAUGUGGGUAAACUUUGUUUUUCAUGCUGUGUCGGUCAGUCCAGUGUGCCAAAAGCUCAUUAAUUCAUCCUCUCCCUCCCCUUCAAAUGGAGCCACUUACUAAUGCUUAGUGUGUCUAAAUGGAAAAGGUUGGGCAGAGCUAAAGAAAGACAAAUAUAUGUCGGUGUGCCUGCCAAGUUACCAAUGUGUUGGGCUCUGUUCAAAUGCUUUCAAGACAUAGUGAAAAGUUCCCCAUUUGUUCUUCUCAUUCAGUUUAAAUGGCAGCUGAACUCAAAAACCAACUUAUCUGGUUGAAAAUUGCAUAUGUUGCAUUGAUAUUAGUCAUAAACAUUGACUCUAGUGUAAAAAAGUACAAAAAAAGUGUAAAUAGCAUUAAUUUGGUCAUAGUCAGUAUUUUCCAAAACAGAGAUUUAGGGAAGCUGUUACAUUCCUAGAUUCAUUGGAUAUUUUGAGGGUUGUAUUUUGAUGUCGAUCAUGUCGACUAACACGGGAUGGUAAAACCUAGGGAGAAUUGUCAUGCAUGGAGAAAAAGCUGCUCUGAUUGCGCUCUAUUCAACUGUGUGGCAGAACCAACAGGCAGUAAGACAGACCUGCCCACAUUACUCAGUGCCUCAGACUUGUUUACAUAUCGUCGCUGUCUGAUAACAUUUUAGCCUUUAUUUUUACAUUUAUUCAAAGCAUUUACUCCUCAAUGUAUGCUGAACAUUUCAUGACUCUAGGAAGAAGAACAUUUAUUCAAAAUAGCUUCUGAAGUUUCAUGUAUUUUCGUUAAUGGGAAAAUAUGGUAAUUUUUCAAAUUUCCUGAAAAGUUUCUGUUUUGGAGGUGACGUUUUCAUCAGACAGCGACGAUAAGACAAUACUUGGCCCAUAAGCCCUUUAUCGAGUGGCCUCUUGCUGAUGUGUUUGAUAGUGAUCACUCGAGUCUUCCACAGUUUUGGGCAAAAUGAGAAUUGAGACGAUGCGCACUUGCAUCCCAACUGUCACUUGUCAACAUUCCAAAAAUCAAAAGCCAUUUGUGCUCAUCAUGGGGCCAUACUUGCGAACAUUAUAAAAAGUUUAAGUUGAACUCUCAAAAUUCGCAUCAGCCAAUUAAAAUCAUAGACACAAUUGCACUUACCUAUGAAAGCGUCCUUAACAGAAGUCUAAUGGUACGUUCUGAUAAUCAAAGCAACUAGAUCAUGUGUGUUUGACUGACUGGUCAAAUAGCUUUCUGUGUAGAGUGCUUAGCUCCACGUAAUGGUCGCAGAUUGUGGCAAGGGUUCGAAUUUUACAUGAGUUGUUUUCCCCUUUGAAAUGUAGAAUUAAAUGUAUUGUGUUAGUGUGUUGAGAAAUGCAGCCAAAACCUUGUGAAUGAUGAUUAUGAAUAUAUUUAAGGCAGCAGCUACUCUUCCUGGGGUCUGGCAAAAUUAAGGCAGUUAUACAAUUUUAAAAACAUUACAAUACAUUCAUAACAGAUUUCAAAACACACUGUGUGCCCUCAGGCCCCUACUCUACUACCACAUAUCUACAACACAAAAUCCAUGUGUAUGCAUGUGUCUGUGCCUAUGUUUGUGUUGCUUCACAGUCCCCGCUGCUCCAUAAGGUGUAUUUGUAUGUUUUGCAUCAGUUACCUGAUGUGGAAUAGAGUUCCAUGUAGUCAUGGUUCUAUGUAGUACUGUGCGCCUCCCAUAGUCUGUUCUGGACUCGGGGAAAGUGAAGAGACCUCUGGCAUGUCUUGUGGGGUAUGCAUGGGUGUCUGAGCUGUGUGCUAGUUGUUUAAACAGACAGCUCGGUGCUUUCAACAUGUCAAUACCUCUCACAAAUACAAGUAGUGAUGAAGUCAAUCUCUCCUCAACUUGAGCCAGGAGAGAUUGACAUGCAUAUUAUUAAUGUUUGCUCUCUGUGUACAUCCAAGGGCCAGCCGUGCUGCCCUGUUCUGAGCCAAUUGCAAUUUUCCUAAGUCCCUCUUUGUGGCACCUGACCACACGACUUAACAGUAGUCCAGGUGCAACAAAACUAGAGCCUGCAGGACCUGCCUUGUUGAUAGUGCUGUUAAGAAGGUAGAGUAGCACUUUAUUAUGGACAGACUUCUCCCCAUCUUAGCUACUGUUGUAUCAAUAUGUUUUGACCAUGACAGUUUACAAUCCAGGGUUACUCCAAGCAGUUUUGUCACCUCAACUUGCUCAAUUUCCACAUUAUUUAUUACAAGAUUUAGUUGAGGUUUAGUGAAUGAUUUGUCCCAAAUACAAUGCUUUUAGUUUUUGAAAUAUUUAGGAAUAACUUAUUUACCCAAAGCCAGUGGCAUGUUGUUAGUAAAGAUUUAAAAAAGUAAGGGGCCUAGACAGCUGCCCUGGGGAAUUCCUGAUUCUGCCUGGAUUAUGUUGGAGAGGCUUCCAUUAAAGAACACCCUCUGUGUUCUGUUAGACAGGUAACUCUUUAUCCACAAUAUAGCAGGGGAUGUAAAGCCAUAACAAAUUUUUCCAGCAGCAGACUAUGAUCGAUAAUGUAAAAAGCCGCACUGAAGUCUACCAAAACAGCCCCCACAAUAUUUGUAUCAUCAAUUUCUGCAUCAGCCUAUCAAAGAUCUUAGACUUUAUAUCCACCAACCAAUGGCAUUUCUUAAAAUAGGUCAACUUGGCCACCAAAUUGCAUAGACGUGUAGGCUACACUUUACAUGUACAAUGUUUUAUAUGCAUUUUUAUAAUCAUCCACUUUGUCACAUCAGUUAUUUGAAUCGAGCAUCGAGGACCAGCAGUGAACAGUAUUUUCCUUAACAAAAAUGCUUGACGCGAGGGGGGCUCGAACCCACGGUUAAUGUGCGCUGUGGUUUUAGUCAACCACUUUGACUCUAAAACCACAGUGAAACAGACUAGCAGAAAUGUGGGAUUUUGUCAUAUAUACGAAAAUGUGCCUUUUGAAUUUUGUCUAAUCAACGAUGCAUCAUGCAAUAUUGGCACUCUACACUUGAGAAGGACCAAGCGGAGCAAAAGUAAACCUUGAAUUUUGAGGUUUAAAAUAGCCCUCCGGUGGCCAAGUUGACCUAUUUUAAGAAAUGCCAUUGGUUGAUGGAUAUAAAGUUUAAGAUCUUUGAUAGGCUGAUGCAGAAUUUGUUACAAGAAAAUAAUCACUGCCACCUGCUCAGGUUAGCAUAGGGCUAAAUGUGCCAGGUUAUGUACAGUGGCUUGCGAAAGUAUUCACCCCCCUUGGCAUUUUUCCUAUUUUGUUGCCUUGCAACCUGUAAUUAAAAUGGAUUUUUUUGGGGGUUUGUAUCAUUUGAUUUACACAACAUGCCUACCCCUUUGAAGAUGCAAAAUAUUUUUUUUUGUGUAACAAACAAGAAAUAAGACAAAAAAGCAGAACUUGAGCGUGCAUAACUAUUCAACCCCCCAUAGUCAAUACUUUGUAGAGCCACCUUUUGCAGCAAUUACAGCUGCAAGUCUCUUAGGGUAUGUCUCUAUAAGCUUGGCACAUCUAGCCACUGGGAUUUUUGCCCAUUCUUCAAGGCAAAACUGCUCCAGCUCCUUCAAGUUGGAUGGGUUCCGCUGGUGUACAGCAAUCUUUAAGUCAUACCACAGAUUCUCAAUUGGAUUGAGGUCUGGGCUUUGACUAGGCCAUCCCAAGACAUUUAAAUGUUUCGCCUUAAAUCACUCGAGUGUUGCUUUAGCAGUAUGCUUAGGGUCAUUGUCCUGCUGGAAGGUGAACCUCCGUCCCAGUCUCAAAUCUCUGGAAGACUGAAACAGGUUUCCCUCAAGAAUUUCCCUGUAUUUAGCGCCAUCCAUCAUUCCUUCAAUUCUGGCCAGUUUCCCAGUCCCUGCCGAUGGAAAUACAUCCCCACAGCAUGAUGCUGCCACCACUAUGCUUCACUGUGGGGACGGUGUUCUCGGGGUGAUGACAGGUGUUAGAUUUGCGCCAGACAUAGAGUUUUCCUUGAUGGCCAAAAAGCUCAAUUUCAGUCUCAUCUGACCAGAGUACCUUCUUCCAUAUGUUUGGGGAGUCUCCCACAUGGCUUUUGGCGAACACCAAACGUGUUUGCUUAUUUUUUUCUUUAAGCAAUGGCUUUUUUCUGGCCACUCUUCCAUAAAGCCCAGCUCUGUGGAGUGUACGGCUUAAAGUGUUCCUAUGGACAGAUACUCCAAUCUCCGCUGUGGAGCUUUGCAGCUCCUUCAGGGUUAUCUUUGGUCUCUUUGUUGCCUCUCUGAUUAAUGCCCUCCUUGCCUGGUCUGUGAGUUUUGGUGGGUGGCCCUCUCUGGACAGGUUUGUUGUGGUGCCAUAUUCUUUCCAUUUUUAAAAAUGGAUUUAAUGGUGCUCCGUGGGAUGUUCAAAGUUUCAGAUAUUUUUUUAGAACCCAAACCUGAUCUGUACUUCUCCGCAACUUUGUCCCUGACCUUUUUGGAGAGCUCUUUGGUCUUCAUGGUGCCGCUUGCUUGGUGGUGCCCCUUGCUUAGUGGUGUUGUAGACUCUGGGGCCUUUCAGAAGUGUGUGUGUGUGUGUGUGUGUGUGUGUGUGUGUGUGUGUGUGUGUGUGUGUGUGGUAUGGGGAAAAAGUAUUUUAUCCCCUGAUGAUUUUGUACGUUUGCCCACUGACAAAGAAAUGAUCAGUCUAUAAUUUUAAUGGUAGGUUUAUUUGAACAGUGAGAGACAGAAUAACAACAAAAAAAUCCAGAAAAACGCAUGUCAAAAAUGUUAUAAAUUGAUUUGCAUUUUAAUGAGGGAAAUAAGUAUUUGACCCCCUCUCAAUCAGAAAGAUUUCUGGCUCCCAGGUGUCUUUUAUACAGGUAACGAGCUGAGAUUAGGAGCAUACUCUUAAAGGGAGUGCUCCUAAUCUCAGUUUGUUACCUGUAUAAAAGACCCUGUCCACAGAAGCAAUCAAUCAAUCAGAUUCCAAACUCUCCACCAUGGCCAAGACCAAAUAGCUCUCCAAGGAUGUCAGGGACAAGAUUGUAGACCUACACAAGGCUGGAAUGGGCUACAAGACCAUCGCCAAGCAGCUUGGUGAGAAGGUGACAACAGUUGGUGCGAUUAUUCGCAAGUGGAAGAAACACAAAAUAAUUGCCAAUCUCCCUCGGCCUGGGGCUCCAUGCAAGAUCUCAUCUCGUGGAGUUGCAAUAAUCAUGAGAACGGUGAGGAAUCAGCCCAGAACUACACGGGAGGAUCUUGUCAAUGAUCUCAAGGCAGCUGGGACCAUAGUCACCAAGAAAACUAUUGGUAACACACUACGCCAUGAAGGACUGAAAUCCUGCAGCGCCCGCAAGGUCCCCUUGCUCAAGAAAGCACAUAUACAGGCCCAUCUGAAGUUUGCCAAUGAACAUCUGAAUGAUUCAGAGGAGAACUGGGUGAAAGUGUUGUGGUCAGAUGAGACCAAAAUCGAGCUCUUUGGCAUCAACUCAACUCGCCGUGUUUGGAGGAGGAGGAAUGCUGCCUAUGACCCCAAGAACACCAUCCCCACCGUCAAACAUGGAGGUGGAAACAUUAUGCUUUGGGGUUGUUUUUCUGCUAAGGGGACAGGACAACUUCACCACAUCAAAGGGACAAUGGACGGGGACAUGUACCGUCAAAUCUUGGGUGAGAACCUCCUUCCCUCAGCCAGGGCAUUGAAAAUGGGUCGUGGAUGGGUAUUCCAGCAUGACAAUGACCCAAAACACAUGGCCAAGGCAACAAAGGAGUGGCUCAUGAAGAAGCACAUUAAGGUCCUGGAGUGGCCUAGCCAGUCUCCAGACCUUAAUCCCAUAGAAAAUCUGUGGAGGGAGCUGAAGGUUCGAGUUGCCAAACAUCAGCCUCGAAACCUUAAUGACUUGGAGAAGAUCUGCAAAGAGGAGUGGGACAAAAUCCCUCCUGAGAUGUGUGCAUACCUGGUGGCCAACUACAAGAAACGUCUGACCUCUGUGAUUGCCAACAAGGGUUUUGCUACCAAGUACUAAGUCAUGUUUUGCAGAGGGGUCAAAUACUUAUUUCCCUAAUUAAAAUGCAAAUCAAUUUAUAACAUUUUUGACAUGCGUUUUUCUGGAUUUUUUUGUUGUUAUUCUGUCUCUCACUGUUCAAAUAAACCUACCAUUAAAAUUAUAGACUGAUCAUGUCUUUGUCAGUGGGCAAACGUACAAAAUCAGCAGGGGAUCAAAUACUUUUUUCCCUCAUUAGUAACACACUAGUUAGUAACACACUAGUUAGUAACACACUACGCUGUCAUGGAUUGAAAUCCUGCAGCGCACGCAAGGUCCCCCUGCUCAAGCCAGCGCAAGUCCAGGCCCGUCUGAAGUUUGCCAAUGACCAUCUGGAUGAUCCAGAGGAGGAAUGGGAGAAGGUCAUGUGGUCUGAUGAGCCAAAAAUAGAGCUUUUUGGUCUAAACUCCACUCGCCGUGUUUGGAGGAAGAAGAAGGAUGAGUACAACCCCAAGAACACCAUCCCAACCGUGAAGCAUGGAGGUGGAAACAUCAUUCUUUGGGGAUGCUUUUCUGCAAAGGGGACAGGACGACUGCACCGUAUUGAGGGGAGGAUGGAUGGGGCCAUGUAUCGCGAGAUCUUGGCCAACAACCUCCUUCCCUCAAUAAGAGCAUUGAAGAUGGGUCGUGGCUGGGUCUUCCAGCAUGACAACGACCCGAAACACACAGCCAGGGCAACUAAGGAGUGGCUCCGUAAAAAGCAUCUCAAGGUCCUGGAGUGGCCUAGCCAGUCUCCAGACCUGAACCCAAUAGAAAAUAUUUGGAGGGAGCUGAAAGUCUGUAUUGCCCAGCGACAGCCCCGAAACCUGAAGGAUCUGGAGAAGGUCUGUAUGGAGGAGUGGGCCAAAAUCCCUGCUGCAGUGUGUGCAAACCUGGUCAAGACCUACAGGAAACGUAUGAUCUCUGUAAUUGCAAACAAAGGUUUCUGUACCAAAUAUUAAGUUCUGCUUUUCUGAUGUAUCAAAUACCUAUGUCAUGCAAUAAAAUGCAAAUUAAUUACUUAAAAAUCAUACCAUGUGAUUUUCUGGAUUUUUCUUUUAGAUUCUGUCUCUCACAGUUGAAGUGUACCUAUGAUAAAAAUUACAGACCUCUACAUGCUUUGUAAGUAGGAAAACCUGCAAAAUCGGCAGUGUAUCAAAUACUUGUUCUCCCCACUGUGUAUAUAUAUAUAUAUAUAUAUGCUAAGAUCAUGUGACACUUAGAUUGCACACAGGUGGACUUUAUUUAACUAAUUAUGUGACUUCUGAAGGUAAUUGGUUGCACCAGAUCUUAUUUAGGGGCUUCAUAGCAAAGGGGGUGAAUACAUAUACAUAUUUUUUAGAAUUUUUUUGAAACAAGUUAUUUUUUUCAUUUCACUUCACUAAUUUGGACUAUUUAGUGUAUGUCCAUUACAUGAAAUCCAAAUAAAAAUCAAUUUAAAUUACAGGUUGUAAUGCAACAAAAUAGGGAAAAAGCCAAGGGGGAUGAAUACUUUUGCAAGGGACUGUAAUGGGAACAGCAUUUAAUCACGUGCAACGACGUCAACGAUUUUAAUUGACUGAUGCACUUUUCUAAUGUUCGCAAGUAUGGCCCCCAUGUGUCCCACUGCGACCUGUUUUGUAACAUGAUUUGCUAUGAAACACUGCCAGACAGACUCUCACUCCGGUAAUAGAUCGUGAGAAAGUUCAAAACAAAACAGCACCGAAGCUCUUUGCCACUCACCAGUGACUUGAUAAGCUGAUUUAGCUAACGUGGCCUGCUGCUCAUUGUGCCUGCUAGCUACUAGCUAGCUUCAUUGACAAACACAGAUGGAACUUAGCUAGCUAGUGGUUUUGGGCACUGAUAAACAGCAUGUAGCUUGUGCUUUAUUUACGAUAGUUUUACAGCUUGCCGAUGAAGUUGUAGACAUGAAAUCUCAGAAAUCAGUCCUGAGCACAGCAGCAGUUGACUCGAUACUGUCUACUUCCCAGUUAUGGGGAUGCUAGAUCUUUAUAGCACACUCCGGAAACAUUCAAUGGAUCUCUACCAAGAGAGGAGAACCAUGUUGGAAAAAAAUGUGGCUGGUUAAAUGUCCUUUUUAGAUGGGAGUAGUAAGCCCUCAAAAGUGUUCAGAAGUCAAGUCAGAAAUGUCUUUAGACCUUGAGCAAGACAACUGUAGACAAACAUUCUCAGUGAAUGUUGAGUUUAUCCACACUCUUUUAUUUUCCUCAGGAUGCCAUUGGAAUGGUGCAUAUCAAAGGCUACAUGUACAAGUGGAUAAUGCAAGACUUGGGUGAGAUAUACAAUUGUGGGUUCUUUUCAUCUUCGCUUCUAGAUAUUCAAUCCCAAAUAUGUUUGUAUGGGAUGCUCCCCAUCUCACCCACGCCCAGUUUGCAGGUUUUUAAAAACUGAACAUUGUGAAUAUCCCCUAUAUAAAAAGCAGUGUUGUCUUGAUUCACUGUUCAUAUUCUCUAUUUGAAAACCUAAACGGUAGAGCAAUUUAACUGCCCUGCAGAUAAUAGUUUUGGGGUUAUGAUAAGAUAAUAAAGCAGUACACAUUUUCAUCAAGUAUUUUAAAUCACUUUCUUCCAAAACCAUGGCCAAGGGGAAGUCAAGAUAAUUGAUAAAAUGUUGCUAACAUACUUUAAAGUGCAAAAAUAUUAACAUACUUUUAAGUGUAUAUAAAAAUGACAGUACACUUGACAAUUUAUAAUCUUAAUUAAGUUUUGUUUAAAGAUGUGUUUACAGAGUUAAGGUUUAUCAGGAAAAUUUCAGGACAUUAUAAUAUGUCUCUUUAUACUCUGCUGUCUCACAAUUACUUUAAAUGCCUUAAAUGAUACAUGCCUGUUUCCCAAUGGACAAAGCUGCCAGUUUCCUCCAAGGGACAACAUGUUCUGACGGAAGUGGAAUAUUUACAUACUUGCGAAAUACUCAGGGGAAGGGGAUAUUCCAGUCUGAAUUGACCCUCUGUUCUCAUUUUCCUCCCACAGAGAAAUAUAUUCUCAGAGGACAUGAGACAUACGCAGUUCUGCACCGUCUGGCCAGCCAUGGCAAGAAGCUCUUCCUUAUAACCAACAGCCCAUUUAGCUUUGUGUGAGUGUCACCAUCAACCAAAUCAAACUGACAGUUAAAUAAAUCAGAGAUACACAUACAGGUUACUGAUUUGGUUUCUGGCAUAGGCGGCGGCGUGAGUUUCAAGUUGUUUGGGGAAGCUAAUGUUCACCAUAAAAAUGCACCUUUAUAAUAAAGCAUUUAAUGGAUCAUCGCAUUUGCAGACUUAUGUAAGAUAGCCUACUAUUUGUAAUGUGACGAGUAGAUUGGAUAGUCAUAAUUUAGGCUAAUAAUAUAACUCGAUCUCUGUUUGCAAAAAAUACUGUUCAAUGCAUGGCUGAGCGCGUUGUGGCGUAGAGCAGACCUAGGCUGUAGUCUAUAGCAGAUACAUAUCUUAUCCUUUCUUUGCACGGGAAGAAUUUGGCCUUUUUAUGAACACAUUUCAUGCAAUUCUACUACACUUUAUAUGACUGGAGACAUUAGCAGAAUAUGUUUAAAUACAACAAAUUACAGGGUAGCCUACUCUGCUGACACUGACAAGCAGAUCAAUAAAAACAACGUUGCCUGAUCCAUAUAAUAGGCCUAUGAGAAGGGGAGACACAAAUACAAUAUGAUGUCCAUCUAACCUGGAGGAGGAAAUUGUCCAAAAACAAACUUUCAUGUGGCACUGAUCCAACAAUGGUAAAGAGUGAAUAUGCACACUCACCGGGGAUAUGCUCUCCGCUGGUGCCAAUAAAAUAGGCUAUACUGGUUGCUCAAUUAAGUUGAGAAUUUUGAUAACUAAAAGAUAGAUUUAGAGGAUUUUUGUCUUCUCUUUACAGCAAUAUAGCCAAUAUAGCCAAUCGUUUUCUCACGAUUGUAUUUUGAAAUACUGCGAUGUGCCUGGCUGGGGCUCUCUACCUUUCACUGACAGUUGCAACUUGACAGUCAUCUAUUAAAAAAUUAAAUAAUCAUCUAAUGAUUCUCUGUGGCCAAAUCAUGCUUUCUGGUAUAGUAGCCUAUUUUGAAUGAUUGUAUUUAUUUGUAUACACAGGAGUAGCUUAAUUAGGUUAUAUAAUUUUGGCAAUUUAAUUCAAUUGACUUUAGGGGAAGCUUUGCUUUUAUUUGUAAAAAAAACGGGCCUUAUGGACACGCCGUCUGUGGGCACUUUCAGCUCUUAACAGUAGCUGUACAUUUCGUGGUUGUUGACUAACCAGCUGUUUUCCUAAUUAUUUAGAGACAAAGGGAUGAAAUACAUGGUAGGAAAGGACUGGAGGGACUUCUUUGACCUUGUCAUUGUUCAAGCUGAUAAACCACACUUCUUCAAUAACUGUGGCAAGUAAGUCUGAUAUUCGGCAUAUCUUUAUACUCCCAACCAAGAAGUGUCGAAAUUCUACAUUCUUGUUCUUCACACAAAUGUACAGAAAACAAGAGCACUCUACAUACUGUUCAGGUCAUUGUGUGACCUGAUCAAAUUUGCUAUUUGCAGACCUUUCAGACGUUUGGAUGGCAACGGGGACCUUCAGUGGGACAAGAUCAAGAGCUUGGAUAAGGGCCAGAUCUACAAACAGGUAGGAGCGGAGACAUUACCCAGAAGUAUUACUGUAUACAGUGCAUUCAGAAAGUAUUCAGACCCCUUGACUUUUUCCACAUUUUGUUACGUUACAGCCUUAUUCUAAAAUGAAUUAAAUCGAUUUUUUUCCACAUCAGUAUACACACAAUACCCCAUAAUAACACAUUUAUAAAGAAUCCCCCCCCCCAGAAAUAUGACAUUUACAUAAGUAUUCAGACCCUUUACUCAGUACUUUGUUGAAGCACCUUUGGCAGAGAUUACAGCAUAGAGUCUUAUUGGGAAUGACGCUACAAGCUUGGCACACCUGUAUUUGGAGAGUUUCUCCCAUUCUUCUCUGCAGAUCCUCUCAAGCUCGGUCAGGUUGGAUGGGGAGCGUCGCUGCACAGCUAUUUCCAGGUCCCUCCUGAGAUGUUAGAUCGGGUUCAAGUCCGGGCUCUGGCUGGGCCACUCAGGGACAUUCAGAGAUUUGUCCCGAAGCCACUCCUGCGUUGUCUUGGCUGUGUGCUUAGGGUCGUUGUCCUGUUGGAAGGUGAACCUUCGCCCAAGUCUGAGGUCCUAAGUGCUCUGGAACAGGUUUUCAUCAAGGAUCUCUCUGUACUUUGCUCCGUUCAUCUUUCCCUCGAUCCUGACUAGUCUCCCUGCCGCUGAAAAACAUCCCCACAGCAUGACGCUGCCACCAUGCUUCACCGUAGGGAUGGUGCCAGGUUUCCUCCAGACGUGACGCUUGGCAUUCAGGCCAAAGAGUUCAAUCUUGGUUUCAUCAGACCAGAGAAUCUUGUUUCUCAUGGUCUGAGUGUCUUUAGGUGCCUUUUGGCAAACUCCAAGUGGGCUGUCAUGUGCUUUUUACUGAGGAGUGGCUUCCAUCUGGCCAUAAAGGCCUUAUUGGUGGAGUGCUGCAGAGAUGGUUGUCCUUCUGGAAGGUUCUCCCAUCUCCACAGAGGAACUCUGGAGCUCUGUCGGAGUGACCAUCGGGUUCUUGGUCACCUCCCUGACUAAGGCCCUUCUCCCCCGAUUGCUCAGUUUGGCCGGGCGGCCAGCUCUAGGAAGAGUCUUGGUGGUUCCAAACUUCUUCCAUUUAAGAAUGAUGGAGGCCACUGUAGAAAGUUUUUGGUACCCUUCCCCAGAUCUGUGCCUCGACACAAUCCUGUUUCGGCGCUUUACCGACAAUUCCUUCGAUCUCAUGGCUUGGUUUUUGCUCUGACGUGCACUGUCAAAUGUGGGACCUUAUAUAGACAGGUGUGUGCCUUUCCAAAUCAUGUCCAAUCAAUUAAAUUUACCACAGGUGGACUCCAAUCAAGUUGUAGAAACAUGUCAAGGAUGAUCAAUGGAAACAGGAUGCACCUGAGCUCAAUUUCGAGUCUCAUAGCAAAGAGUCUGAAAUCUUAUGUAAAUAAGGUAUUUCUGUGUUUUAUUUUAUAUACAUUUGCAAACAUUUCUAAAAACCAGUUUUCGUUUUGCCAUUAUGGGGUAUUGUGUGUGUGUAGAUUGAUGAGGGGGAAAAAAACUAUUUAAUCAAUUUUAGAAUAAGGCUGUAACAUAACAAAAUGUGGAAAAAGUAAUGGAGUCUGAAUAUUUUCCGAAUGCACUGUGUAUAUAUAACUAAAAUGAUACGUUAGCGUGUGGGCCAAAGUUCUUUGCCAGUUUGUAAAUGAUGAACCUGUCUAUUAAAUUGCAAAGUGACUAACUCAGUUGCAGGACUUACCAGCAUUGACUGCUUGCGUUCCAGAUUGCGGUAAUUUGUGAGAUUCACAAUGUCAGUCGCAUUUGUUCCUUUUACUGUGGGAAGUGAAUGACACAUGAUUGGACUAUCAUUACAUUUUUACAUUUUAGUCAUUUAGCUGAUGCUCUUAUCCAUCGCAACUUACAGUAGUGAGUGCAUACAUUUACAUACUUUUGCGUACUGGUCCCCCAUGGGAAUCGAACCCACAACCUUGGUGUUGUAAGCCUAUUGAACUAAAGUUCCACACGUCACAAGUUACUAUUUAGUCAACCUGAAUCAAAUGUCCCUAGUCUGAGUUAGGCUGGUCUUACAAUGAUGGCCUUUGAAUCCUACGCAAAGAUGUUAGUCUUGUCCUUGAAGUUAGUUCCCUGUUGUAGCUGAAAAUAGAUCAGGUUUGGUGAAAAGUGGUUUAUAUUUUGAUGCUGUGACAAGUAUUGCCUUUAGGGUUGCAAAUGGAGGGUAUAUUACUGGAAAAUUACGAAGUUUACCUGUAAACUACCAGAAUUUUGGUGAUUUAAGAUGUUAUUUUAUCAGAUUAUAUCUAGUGUGGCCUUUGUGGGUACUUCCUAUUAUCUCUGGCCCUCUGUGUGGCCUUGUCACAUGUAAAUAUAAAAUAAUCAAAUAAGAUGAUUCUAAACUAAAAAUUUGAAUGACAAAGCUGUAAAACAUUAUCCUAAAUAUAAACCAUCAACUUAGUGAAUACCACUGGUGUUUUAAUAUGAGGGUUUCAGCAUGAAAUAUCCUUUUAUAUUUUUUUUUACACACAUUUAUUUUACUAUGUCUUUGUUGUAAAUGUUUUUGCACCAAACUGGUGGCAGUUGGGGAAAAAAAGUCAAUAGUUGAAAGAGUUGCAGAGUUCAUUGAAAAUAAUGCCAUUGCUGAUUAGAUGUUUUUUUCCCCCAUGAAUUAAGCUUUUUUUCUGUUGAACCAUAUAGUCUAUUCGCUAGAAACGCAUGGACAAUAUGGACACAAAUAUAAAAAAUGUAUACUAUAUAUUAAUACAUUUUUAUUCAAGUAUAAAUUAUUAAAGUUACCAUAGAUUGACAUAGAUUACCUGUUAAUUCUGUUAACUUUGGUAAAUUACUGGUAGCUUUGCAACCCUAAUUGCCACAGUAGGACAUGCUAACCAUGCAGUACUUUUCCUCUCACCCUAAGAGCACUGCCAACAUCAUUGGCAGAUGGACCCAUAGUCAAGGCCAAUAGUUGUCUGCUGCUAAGGCCUCAGCAGAAUUUGGUGGAAGACCACGUCCUUGACCACAUAUGUAUAUGAAUUGUAAUUAGUCAUGUUAUAGUUCUGCCAAUCCACAGUCCUUUUUUUGCCUUAUUUCCUCAGUUUUUACUUCAAGCAUUAAAACUUAAAGGCCCAGUGCAGUCGAAAAUGUGUGUUUCAUAUACACUGAGUGUACAAAACAUAAAGGACACCUUCCUAAUAUUGAGUUCCACCCCCAUCCACCCUUUUGCCCUCAGAACAGCCUCAAUUCGUUGGGGCAUGGACUCUACAAGGUGUCGAAAGCGUUCCACAGGGAUGCUGGCACAUGUUGACUCUAAUGCUUCCCACAGUUGUGUCAAGUUGGCUGGAUGUCCUUUGGGUGGUGGACCAUUCUUGAUACACACAGGUAACUGUUAAGCAUGAAUAACACAGCACAAACCAGUGCGCCUGGCACCAUCUACCAUACCCCGUUCAAAGGCACUUAAAUAUUUUGUCUUACCCAUUCACCCUCUGAAUGGCACACAUACACAAUCCAUGUCUCUAUGGUCUCAAGGCUAAAAAAUCCUUCUUUAACCUGUCUCCUCCCCUUCAUCUACACUGAUAAAGUUGAUUUAACAAGUGACAUCAAUAAGGGAUCAUAGCUUUCAGCUGGAUUCACCUGGUCAGUCUGUCAUCGAUAGAGCAGGUGUCCUUUAAUGUUUUGCACACUCAGUGUACAGUGGGGAAAAAAAGUAUUUAGUCAGCCACCAAUUGUGCAAGUUCUCCCACUUAAAAAGAUGAGAGAGGCCUGUAAUUUUCAUCAUAGGUACACGUCAACUAUGACAGACAAAAUGAGAAUUUAUUUUCCAGAAAAUCACAUUGUAGGAUUUCUUAUGAAUUUAUUUACAAAUUAUGGUGGAAAAUAAGUAUUUGGUCAAUAACAAAAGUUUCUCAAUACUUUGUUAUAUACCCUUUGUUGGCAAUGACACAGGUCAAACGUUUUCUGUAAGUCUUCACAAGGUUUUCACACACUGUUGCUGGUAUUUUGGCCCAUUCCUCCAUGCAGAUCUCCUCUAGAGCAGUGAUGUUUUGGGGCUGUCGCUGGGCAACACGGACUUUCAACUCCCUCCAAAGAUUUUCUAUGGGGUUGAGAUCUGGAGACUGGCUAGGCCACUCCAGGACCUUGAAAUGCUUCUUACGAAGCCACUCCUUCGUUGCCCGGGCGGUGUGUUUGGGAUCAUUGUCAUGCUGAAAGACCCAGUCACGUUUCAUCUUCAAUGCCCUUGCUGAUGGAAGGAGGUUUUCACUCAAAAUUUCACGAUACAUGGCCCCAUUCAUUCUUUCCUUUACACGGAUCAGUCGUCCUGGUCCCUUUGCAGAAAAACAGCCCCAAAGCAUGAUGUUUCCACCCCCAUGCUUCACAGUAGGUAUGGUGUUAUUUGGAUGCAACUCAGCAUUCUUUGUCCUCCAAACACGACAAGUUGAGUUUUUACCAAAAAGUUCUAUUUUGGUUUCAUCUGACCAUAUGACAUUCUCCCAAUCCUCUUCUGGAUCAUCCAAAUGCACUCUAGCAAACUUCAGACGGGCCUGGACAUGUACUGGCUUAAGCAGGGGGACACGUCUGGCACUGCAGGAUUUGAGUCCCUGGCGGCGUAGUGUGUUACUGAUGGUAGGCUUUGUUACUUUGGUCCCAGCUCUCUGCAGGUCAUUCACUAGGUCCCCCCGUGUGGUUCUGGGAUUUUUGCUCACCGCUCUUGUGAUCAUUUUGACCCCACGGGGUGAGAUCUUGCGUGGAGCCCCAGAUCGAGGGAGAUUAUCAGUGGUCUUGUAUGUCUUCCAUUUCCUAAUAAUUGCUCCCACAGUUGAUUUCUUCAAACCAAGCUGCUUACCUAUUGCAGAUUCAGUCUUCCCAGCCUGGUGGAGGUCUACAAUUUUGUUUCUGGUGUCCUUUGACAGCUCUUUGGUCUUGGCCAUAGUGGAGUUUGGAGUGUGACUGUUUGAGGUUGUGGACAGGUGUCUUUUAUACUGAUAACAAGUUCAAACAGGUGCCAUUAAUACAGGUAAUGAGUGGAGGACAGAGGAGCCUCUUAAAGAAGAAGUUACAGGUCUGUGAGAGCCAGAAAUCUUGCUUGUUUGUAGGGGACCAAAUACUUAUUUUCCACCAUAAUUUGCAAAUAAAUUCAUUAAAAAUCCUACAAUGUGAUUUUCUGGAGAGAAAAAAAUCUCAAUUUGUCUGUCAUAGUUGACGUGUACCUAUGAUGAAAAUUACAGGCCUCUCUCAUCUUUUUAAGUGGGAGAACUUGCACAAUUGGUGGCUGACUAAAUACUUUUUUUCCCCACUGUAUAUGUCUACACUAUGAGGUUGGAAUAAUACAAUGAAAUUGUGAAAAUGAUGAUAAUGCCCUUUAGUGUAAGAGCUGUUUGAAAAGACCGCCUGAAAUUUCAGCCUGUUUUUGGUGGGAUGGAGUUUUGGCUUGCCGGGUGGGCGAUAAAUUAGUUUAUAGACCAAUAAGAAAGAGUUCCAAGCCUCUCUGCCAAUACGUGUUUUUUCUUCCAUUUUCCCAACCCCACUCUGACCACUCCCAGACAUUCCUAUCUAAAUUCUUGCUUGAGAAAUUGCUCUUUGCUAAAAAGCUAGUUUUGUUUCUUUUUGACCAUUUUAAUUUAAAACAAUCACAGUAAGCUACUUAAUUGUUACCAAGAAAUGAUUUGAUAUGGAGAUCAAAACGGCUGCAUUGGACCUUUAAUCAUCUUUCCUGUCUCCUUGUUGUAGGGCAACCUGUUUGACUUUCUCAGGCUCACAGGAUGGAGGGGAUCCAAGGUGCUCUACUUUGGAGAUCAUCUGUACAGUGACUUGGCAGUGAGUCAUACUAUAUUUAGUUAGUCUGAACUUUUGGUUACUGAUACAGGCAGUGUGAAUGUGAUUUCAGAACACAGGAAAUGCACACAUUCAUUUGUUUUAAGGACUGUGCCUCGCAAUGUUGUGCUUACAAUGUAAUAACUUGUGGAAUGCUGUGGCUAGUCGUUGAACUGGGCUGACUACUCAUGCUCUCCUGCAGGACCUGAUGCUGCGUCACGGCUGGCGGACGGGGGCCAUAGUACCAGAGCUGGAGGUGGAGACCAGGGUGGUGAACACGGAGCAGUAUGCACAGAGCCUCACCUGGCUGCAGGCACUCACCGGUCUGCUGGAACGCAUGCAGGUACACUAUAGGGUGUUUUACAACAUAGAACUCAGCAAACUGUGAGGUCAAAGCAAUAGGUUAAGCUACAUAUGUUGCAUUUACCACGAGGGAGCUGGGAUUGUGUAGAGACUUUGGAUGGACACUGAAUGAGAGAGAUUUAUUUGAAGAAUAUUGCCUUUAUGGGAUGUAUUCCCAAUCAAUUGUACCCACACAAAAAACAUGACUACAACAAGCUAAUAUUAUGAUUUUGCUAACCAUCAGCCAUGCAAUUAAGAAAGGAGACACUUGACACCAUGUACUUCUUGAAUGUUGAGAUGAAAGUAUUCAAGUAAAACAUUUUGUAUUGAACCUGUGCAGAUGCAUCGAGAUUCAGAGUCAAAGGAAGUUCUACAGGAUUGGUUGAAGGAGAGAGAAGAGCUUCGGUGAGUGUAGUUAUAGUAGAUCAAUUAUACUUAAUUUAUCAAGACCGUCGGACAGCUAGUCAGACCUUAAGGAUUCAGUGUCAUUUUGACUUGACAAGCUUCGUACAGACCUAUGAACUUCCUUCUACCCUCUUUCAUUUUCCCCCUCACAGAGCUGUGACCAAGAACCUGUUCAACCCUCACUUUGGCAGCAUUUUCCGCACCUGCCACAACCCCACCUUCUUCUCCCGUCGCCUGUGUCGCUUCUCUGACCUCUACAUGGCGUCCAUCAGCUGUCUGCUCAAAUACGACCUCUCCUACACCUUCUACCCUCGUCGCACCCCCCUGCAGCACGAGGCGCCCCUGUGGAUGGACCAGCUUUGCACUGGUUGCAUGAAGACUCCCUUUCUGGAGGAGAUGGCUCACAUCCGCUGAGAGGGCCGCUCCGAGGUCUCCCAAACCUCAAACUGAAUAUAAAGAGGCAGGAACUGAGGCUAUGCUGAGAGGAAGGAGAGUUGGGGCAUGGUGCACAGAUCAUGAGUGCCACCUGCUGGGUUGUUGGAUGCCAGUAGGGAAAGUGAAAAGGAAGGGAAAGAGGGAUAGCUAGUCAGAUACACAACUGAAUGCAUUCAACUGAAAUGUGUCUUCCGUAUUUAACCCAACCCCUCUGAACCAGCCUACAGGAAAAUAUCUGGCUAUUCAGGUUACUCAAUAUCACUUGGUUGGCAAGGACAUUUGAUGGGUUAAGCCUUUUGUUACUUUUUAGGUUAGUUUAAGUUGAGGUUGCAACUUGUAAUCAAAAACAAUUUUAACAUUAACUGUUGGUACAUGGUUUGGAUAUCUGUUACUUGAUUACUAUUUUUUCUCUCUUCUCAUUUUAACCAUGUACUUAAU